GCGGAAGUUUCCGCGGGGCAACUGAGAAGGUGAGUCCGAGUAGCCUGGAGGGCCCGAGGGUUUGGCUGCAAACAUCCGUCUCCCCACUCUGUUCACCAAAUCCAGAGGACACAGUUAAGACGGAGUUUCCAGCCCAAUGAAUCUGAGGGCCAGACCGUGACCCAGUAAAGCAUGAUCUCCUGUCCAGACUGUGGCAAAGGUAUUGAAGCAAUAUUCAAAUUCUGCCCCUACUGUGGAAAACCUUUGCCUACAGAGGAGCAUGAGGGGUCCCAGGCCUUUGUCAAACCAUUUAUGUCACCCUCCCAAGUCUUCCUUUCUCCAGGCUCAAGGAGAAAGAGGGACACCACUUCUGAAAUAUCUUCCAAGAAAGUGAAAUGGUCCAGCUGUGCUUCUUCUCCCCCAUCAUCCCUCCUCUCAGAAGGUGACAGUUCUGGAUCUGAAGAUACCUUCAGUACCCGUGGGAAAUCCAAAGGGUGCUGGAGCAGACCCCCAACCCCCCGUAGCAGCCCUCAGACGACCAGGCAAAGCCCUCAGACACUGAAGCGGAGCCGGGUGACCACCUCGCUCACGGCUUUGCCAGUGGGGACAGUGCUGACAGACAAGAGUGGGCGGCACUGGAAGCUGAGAUGCCUCCAGUCCAGGGACGACCAGGGCAUCCUCUAUGAAGCUGAGCCCGACUCCACCUUUGCCUGCGAGUCAAGUCCCCAGAAACAAAGAUUCUCACUUAAACUAGAUGCCAAGGAUGGGCGCUUGUUCAAUGAGCAGAACUUCUUCCAGAGGGCCGCCAAGCCUUUGCAAGUGAACAAGUGGAAAAAGCUGUACUCGACCCCCCAGCUGGCCAUCCCCACCUGCAUUGGCUUUGGCAUUCACCAGGACAAGUACAGGUUCUUGGUGUUCCCCAUCCUGGGGAGGAGCCUUCAGUCGAUCCUGGGUGACUACCCGAAGCACGUGAUGCCAGUGAGGUCUGUGUUCCAGAUGGCCUGCCGGCUGCUGGAUGCCCUAGAGUUCCUCCAUGAGAGUGAAUACGUUCACGGCAACGUGACAGCUGAGAAUAUCUUCGUGAAUCCAGAGGACCUGUGCCAGACAAAGAAUUGCUGUCCAUCAUAUGUAAAGAGCUCCUUUGCACAAAUAAGGAGAGAUAAGCAACUUAGUAGAAAAAUGGACAAAGGACAGGAAAAGCAGUUCAUAGACAAAGAAAUCCACAGGUUAGUUAAAUGUAUGAAGAGAUACUCAACCUCCCUAAUAAUCAUAGAAAUUAAACUUAAAAUACACUAUGUUUACGCUUGGAGUGGACAAAAUUAAAACAAAAAAAUAUCUCUGGCUGAUAAGGCUGUAAAGAAAUAGGAAUCCUUUAUAUACUAUUGGAAGUGUGAAUUGGGCAACCUUUUUGGAAGGUAAUUUGGGUAUAGCGGUCAAAAUUUUAAAUGCAUAUGGGUUUUUUGUUUGUUUUGCUGGAGGAUUCACAUUUAUUGGUUCAAAUACAGUACCUAACAUUUGCUAAACAUGCAUUUCACACUAAUUGGUCACAUUUCCACAGGUUGUCAAUUCACAGAAAGGUCCCAUGCCUUGCCAGAUGGCAGGAUGGGAGGUAGCAGAGAGCCUGGGUAGCAGAGCUCACCCGCUAUCAUUUGGUCUUGCAAGAUUGAUGGAGCUAAAUGCAUAUGUUUUUUGAUCCACCGGUUCCUCUUUUAGGAAUGUAUCCAUUCCAUGUAGUCAAAGAUAUAUUACAAAGAUAUAUGUACAAAAUGUUUCUGACAACACUGAUUGUGACAGUAAAAUGGGAAAACCUUAAUUAAAUACCCACUCCCAAGAUGGUACUGAUUGGUAUUUUAAAGUAAAUUCUAAUUACUCUGUAAUGACAGAAACGAAAUUUAACACAAAUAUAAAAAAGAGAGAGAAAAAAUAAAAAAAGGGAGGUACAAUUUAUUGCUCUAUGGAGUGGAAAAAAUCCAGGACUUCGCUGGCUUCAGGCAUGGCUGAACCUAAGAACUCAGGCCCUGUCUUUGGGAAACUGGCUCUUCCAUCUUAUUAUCAGGCAGACUCUCUUCCCUGUGGUGAGAAAACAACCACCAGCAAAUGAGGCUCAAAUCCCCUCCGCUUAGCAACCCCAGUGGAAAUAGAUCCAGUGAGCCCCAACUCAGUCAUGUGGAUUGAGAGUUGGAAGAGGGUGAUCCCAGAGAAAAUCCUAGAACUGUAUUAGGCAGAGCUCUCUAGAGAAACAGAACCAACUGUGUGUGUGUGUGUGUGUGUGUGUGUGUUAGAGAGAGAUUUAUUAUAAGAAAUUGACUCAUACAAUUAUGGAAGCUGAGAGUCCCUAGAGCUGCAGUCAGCAAACUGGAGACCCUGGACAGCUAAUAGUGUGGUUCUAGUCAGAGUCCAAAGGCCUGAAAACCAGGAGAGGUGACUAAGUUCCAGUCCGAAAGUUGGCAGGCUGGGAACCCGAGAAGAGCCAAUGUUUCUGUUCAAAUCCAAAGGCAGGAAAAGACUGAUGUUCAGCUCAAGCUGUCAGGCAGGAGGCAUUCCCUCUCACACAGCCUUUUUGUUCUAUUCAGGUCUUCAACUGAUUGGGUGAGGCCCACCCAGUCUAGAGAGGGCAGUCUGCUGAUCUAAAUGUUCAUCUCACCCAGACACACUCUCACAGACACACCAAGAAUAACCUUUGGCUACAUGUCUGGGCACCCUGUGGCCCAGUCAAGGUGACAUAAAAUUAACCAUCACAGACUGUGACCAAAAGAAAAAGAUGUAGGUCUCACAUAGACAAAGCCAACAGUUGUCCACUCUCCAUUCAGCAGAAUAAGAUGCAACCAUUAAAAAGCAGUUGUGGGAGUUCCCUGGUGGCCUAGUAGUUAGGAUUCCUGGCUUUUACUGUUGCAGCCCGGGUCCAAUCCCUGUUCAGGGAACUGAGAUCCCACAAGCCACGUGGCAUAGCGAAAAGAAUAAAAUGAAAAAUAAAGUCUCAGGAAAUUAAAAAAAAAAGAAAAAGCAGUUGUGGCUAACUUUGUGUGUCUGGCGGAUAAGUACUUUUUGUUUUAAACUCAGUUAAGCCUCUUAACAACCCUGCAAGGUGGGGACUAUCAUUAUCUUCACUUUACGAAUGGAGAAAUCAAAGCACAGAGAAGUUUCAUAAUUCCCAAAGUUAUAUGGCCACUGAAGGUCCAGACUUGCAUUGGAACCUGGUCUGUCUCGUUCUUAAUACCCCAAACCACUGUUAUGCAGAAAGCUGUGUGUCCAAUAGGAGGUAUGGUGUGAUCCCUCCGUGGAAAACUAGAGCCCCCUCCCUAUUCACAUGUGUUUACCGAUUAUUUAAAGAAAAAUGAUUUGAAACAACACAUAAGAAACUACUAUUAGGGGUUACUUAUGGGCAGUGGGUUUAAAGGGCUGGGCAGUGAUGGGGACGGUUGGUUUGGGUUAUUUUCACACCCUCUUGUACUGUUUGGCAUUGGGUUGUUUCAAAUUGCACCAACGAUUGAAAUCUCUGAGUCCAGAAUCUGAGCUCCUAACCUUCAAAGUGUACGGCUUCUCCCCACGU